GAGGGAGGGAGGGGCGGGGAGGGGGAAGUUUUGUAUAUGGGGUGAAUCGUAGCCGCCGAGUGAAGGUUGUCUCGAGUCGCGGCGCCGCUUCCCUCGCAUCUCAAGCCGGGCUCGAUAUCACGGGUUACGAGCGAGUGCCCGACUUCAAUCUGUAGCACUUGAAUUCCGGCAUUGCCUCGAGAAUUGGUCCCUCCUUCGCUCUAUACUGCCAGUUCACAGUUGCACUGUGAUGGUAAACUACAUUCCUUUUGCCGCUAUCGUAGUCCUGCGUUCACUUCCACAUUGGAGCUAAAUGUGAAUACGUGCACACGCAAAGUACAGAAGCCUAGGAGGAUUGCUGUUAAACUACAAGAUUGCCUUGACUGAUUUUGUUUGCCCAAACCUUUGGCCUGAAAGGAUCGUUCUGUUUCUUUGUUUGCCUUCCCCAUUGUUUAUCAAACAGUUUUAGGUAAAUAAGUGGAAAUAAUUCCAGAACAAUCAUGCCAUUGUUCGGCAAAUCGCACAAAGGUCCAGCUGACAUUGUCAAAAACCUAAAAGAGAGCAUGGCCAUGCUGGAAAAGCAAGAUAUUUCAGACAAAAAGGCUGAAAAGGCCUCAGAAGAAGUGUCGAAAUGCUUGCUGUCCAUGAAGGAGAUCCUAUGUGGCACCAAUGAUAAAGAACCUCAGACUGAAACUGUUGCUCAGUUGGCUCAAGAGUUGUACAACAGUGGAUUGCUGAUCUCUCUGAUUGCAAACUUGCAACUGAUAGAUUUUGAGGGGAAGAAGGACGUCACACAGAUCUUUAACAAUAUUUUGCGACGACAGAUUGGCACUCGUACUCCAACAGUAGAAUAUAUAUGUUCUCAUGAGCAAAUAUUGUUUAUGCUGCUGAAGGGGUAUGAAAUGCCAGAGAUUGCCUUGAACUGUGGCAUCAUGCUGAGAGAGUGCAUCAGACAUGAGCCACUCGCCAAAAUAAUCCUUCACUCCGAUCACUUUAGAGAUUUCUUCAAAUAUGUGGAAAUGUCAACGUUUGACAUUGCUUCAGAUGCCUUUGCUACGUUUAAGGAUUUGCUUACUAGACACAAGGUUAUGUGUGGAGAGUUUUUAGACCAGAAUUAUGAUAUGGUAUUUAAUGACUAUGAAAAGCUGUUACAUUCCGAGAACUACGUGACAAAAAGGCAGUCUUUAAAGCUUAUAGGAGAACUGCUGUUGGACAGACAUAAUUUUACAGUUAUGACGAGGUACAUCAGUAAACCAGAAAAUCUCAAGCUAAUGAUGAAUCUCUUAAGGGACCAAAGUAGGAACAUUCAGUUUGAAGCUUUUCAUGUAUUUAAGGUUUUUGUGGCAAAUCCCAACAAAACACAACCCAUCCUGGACAUCCUGUUGAAAAACCAGGCUAAACUGAUAGAGUUCCUUAGUCAGUUCCAGGCUGACAGGACGGAUGAUGACCAGUUUAAUGAUGAAAAGUCGUAUUUGAUCAAACAAAUCAGGGAUUUGAAAAGGCCUGCACCUCAGCAGUCCUAACCAGCUUGGUUAUAAGCAGUGUUUGUAGACAGCUUUAACUGUUUGUUGCAACAGUAUGCAAUUUGAUUAGGUUUCUUUGUAGGGAAGGGAUUGUGUAGUAACAUUAACUCAUUUCUAAUAUUUAUAUGUAAUAAAACUAAUUUUAUUCACGUAUAUUGUCUUUCUGAGUGCCUGUAUAUUAGUUCGGGAGGGGGGGGAAUCCUAAGCUAUGUUUUGUAUAUGGGUUCAUAAGUUUACAUACCUGUAUAGCAGCAGUGAUCUUUAGCCCUACUAAUUGUUUGAAUCUUUUCAGUAGGCAUGUUUCUACGGCUGGGAUUACUGCGAUAUUAGAUACGACCAACUCUGAUAUUGAUGGGUUUAAUCUCACUUGCUACUAUAUUUCUAUGUAAAUCAGGAAAGUUUUGAGUUUACCACUAUGGGCUAGGCCAAGCUCAUAUUGGUGCCUGUUGACAAGCUGGUAGCUUGUUAAUUGAAAAUGAUCUCAAAAGUAGCUUUCAAAAUUGGUUUAUUCAUUCCCCCGUGGAAUCCCCCAAUAUAAAACUGAAAGCUGAGGUGCUUAACUAUAAUUUGAUAUCCAGAGAGAGUGCUUCAUCCACGCAAACUUGCUUAAUGUGUUAGUACACUGUUUUUUAUUGUGAGGCAAUUGAUAUGAAGCACAUAAAAGAUGAUUAAUGAAUAUUUUCUUUUCAUAUCUAUGACAAAAUACAUGUCCCAGUCACUUUUUAUUUACUUGGAAAGGGUAGAGCUGUAAUUUCAUUUUGUGGUUGCACAUAUCAUUUUUCUUUCCAAUACUGUAAUUGUACAUAUGGUGGUUGAUUACAAUAAAUACUUGUUACACUGUAUAGCUGCAGUAUAAAUAGCUGCUGUGAUGGUCAACUUUUCACAAAAUCACAAGUACAGCCUGGUCGGAAUACUUUUUAAAUAAAGAUAUU